AUGACAGCUUUUAUAAAAAAACUCAAACUAUGGAGAAGACAAAUGAAUGAAGGCACGAGCAAAGAUUCAUUUUCCAUAUUGCAGCAGUUUCUGACCUCUAAUACAUGGUAUGGUUUGAGAAAUAUUUUAAAAAAUGAAGACAUUGAUAAAUUUGCAUGGAUUCAAGAUCCAUUUAACUCCAUUGUUCCAUCAGAAUUUAAUUCUACUGAAGAAGAAAGUCUAAUUGAGUUGUCUUGCGACAGUAGCUUGAAAUCAAAAUUUACCAAUAUGGAAUUGACCAAAUUUUGGAUUUCAAUAAAAAAUGAAUAUCCACUUGUAUGUGAAAAAGCUCUACGUGUUUUAAUUCCGUUUUCUACUUCAUAUUUAUGUGAAGCUGGGUUUUCGGCGGUCGCUGUGAUCAAAAGCAAAUAUCGGUCAAAAAUCAAUGUGGAGAAGGAAAUGAGAGUAGCAGUAUCAAGUUUGAUCCCAAGAUUUGAAAAAAUAUGCAGUGAUGUCCAGGCUCAUUCAUCUCACUAA